CUCCUCACCCAGCCCGGACUCCUCACCACGACUCCUCACCCCCCCCCCCCCCCGGCUCGCCGAGGACAUCGCCUCCCUCUGCUCUGCCGCAAGCUUCUGCGCUCGCCUCGCCUCGCAAUAUCCCCUCGCCCGGGCGGCUUCUCCUCCUUCUCCUCCCAUCGUUCUCUCCCUCCUCUCUCCCCUCUCUCUCUCGCCGCGUCCCUCCUCUCCCUCCUCGCGAGGUCUGGGGUAGAGUGUGGGGGGGGUCUAGACAGAGGUCAGGGACAGAGGUCAGGGACAGGGGUCUGGGAGAGGGGUCAGACACUAGGGGUCAGCUACACACAGAGGGCUUGGGCUGGGGUCAGACACAGAGGGGUCUGGUCAAGGUGUCAAGGUCUGGGCUAGGGCUCUGGGCUAGGGCUCUGGGCUAGGGCUCUGGGCUAGGGCUCUGGGCUAGGGCUCUGGGCUAGGGCUCUGCUCAGAGAGGGGGUCCUGGAGAAGGGGGUCCUCUCCGGGGGGGGGCCUCCCGGGCCCUGGCUGGGGAUGGGGUCUCUGGGGGCGGGGGGACGAGGGCCGCACGGUGAUGGUCGCGCCGCCUCUGGGGCUCGGCCCGUGUCGGGCAGCAGCGGCCGCUGACGGCCACGGAAGAGACGGAGCCAGAUAGGUGGUGAGGAGGUGGAGGAGGUGGAGGUGGUGGUGAGAGAAGAUAGCAUCUCAGGAGGAGGCGAGGGAAGCGACGUGGUGUGGAGAAAGAGGAGGAGGUGGUGGUGGUGGUGAGGAGGAGGAGGCUGCUGUGACAGCCAUCGGCAGGGAUUUCAACAUCAGCGGCCGCAGCCACCGGCGUGCAUGCGCGGGUCUCGGCGCGGGCACAGCCCGGGGAGGGACGGGCGAGGCACCUCGAGGGGGUCGGGGGGUCGGGGGGCCAUGAGCUCCACGCAGGGCCCCGUGGCCUGCGUGCGGGGGGCCCGGCAGCUGAGCCGCCGCUCCCGCUCGGCCCGAGACCGGGGCCGAGACCGGGGCCGAGACCGAGACAAGGAUGCCCGAGACCUGGACAAGGACAAGGAGAUGGAUCUGCCGGGGCUCGGCAGCCCCAAGAAAAGUCGCCCUCCCAAGGGCGCCACGUCGCCCUCCUCGGGCUCGGAGGGCCUCGGGGCCCCCCCCCCAGGCUCACGGCCCCCGGCAGGGCCAGCCUCGUCCCGGCCGCCCAGGCGCCGUAAGAGGGCCGAGCAGACGGCCCCUCCACCCAAGGAAAUACUACUACUACAUCACGACAAGGAGGAGAAGAAGAAGGAGGAGGAGGAGGAUAAAGAGGAGGACGACGACGAGGAGGAGGACAUCAUCGAUGGCUAUGCCAUCGUGAGCUUUUCGUCGCUGGAUGCGCUGGAGAGCGACUUCACUCUGAGACCCGACGAACGAGCUGCCAAGCGGGAAAAGCGAUUGGUGCAGAAGAGGCAAGGCGAGCGAUGCGGUGCCCUGCUGGAGCACGCCGGCGUCGGCGGCGUGCCGGGCUUGGCCAAGCUGGGCGCCGAUCGGAAUCUACAGCUCUUAGGUCAGGAGGAAGUUUGCAAGGCGGAACUAAAAAGUGAAUUGGACCUCGACACAGCUGGAAAUGGUCUGCGGCAGCACACGGAGGAGAUGGAAUUCAGUGCAGUGCUUAGCAAAGAUGUCGACUCGCAGUUUCUAAGCAAAGUUACCGUGAACUCUGACACGGUGCGUGAGCUCAACGAAGAAGGCCUCCUUGCCGCAGCUAAACACAAGAGAGAGAAAGGCCCUCUGGGUGACCACAAGGAGAACAAGGUGGUGGGCGACAGCUGCUUGGAUGUCGACAAAGAGCCGGAUAAGAAGCCCGCAAGGAAGAAACAGCUGCUGAGGCCCAGCCAGCAGGUGAAGGCACUCGCGGAGUCGUGCGAGAGGAAUGGUGCCGACGAGGCGCUCAGGGGGGACGGCAAGGACGCGCAGCGCAGCUCGUCGCAGGACCGGCAGAGCGACAUCUCCACACAUUCGGGCUCUGGAAGAGGCUACAUCUGCGACAGCGAGAGUGACAUCGAUGACCGGGUCUCCGACGUGAGCUCCGAGAAGCUCUUCAGCGCCGCGCCCACUAAAGUGUCUGGCUUCAGCAUUGCCGUGCUGACGGAUGAGAAGACAGAAGCGGUAGCGGAGAGCGCCAGUCCGCCGCCCGUGUCCGGGCUAGAGAGGAGCCGGGAGAGGCACCGCGACGCGUCGGUCGGCCGCCACGCGGUGGUGCCGCCACCACCGCCGCCGCCGCCGAGCAGCGCGGCCGCCCCUCGCUCCGCCGGCCGGCCCCCCGCCGCGUCGGCCACCGACCACCACCCCCGCAACGGCGCCGCCGGACAACCGCCGGCGACGCCCACGGCCGGGAGCCUCCCGCACGUCGCCCCCGCCCAGUCGCCCGCGGCGCCGACCGCCAACGGCCACCCCCACAACAGCGCCGCCAGGAGGAGCGCGACGCCUCUGAAGAGCCCGGCCCAACCCACGCACCUCCCCCCCUACCACCGGUCUCCCCCCACGCCCACCAUCCCCUACCAUCCCUCCCCGGGGGCUCCUUCCCAGUCCCUCUCAUUCCCCGUCGGGGGCAGCCAGGCCGCCCCGCUACCCUACCCGGGGGUUCCCCUGCGCCCGCCGCCCUCCCUCCCCCCGCCUCACCCCCACCACGGCCACGGGAUGUUUGUGCCGCCCCCACCGCCCAGCCUUCCUCCCCCUCCGCCGCUCACGUCCGGCAGCCUGCAAGUUUCCGCGCACCCGUCCUCCGCAGGCUACCAAGACCCUCUGCUGCUGAGGCAGGAGCUGGACAGCCGCUUCCUGGCAUCUCAGGCCAGCGGCGAGCGGGGGCCGGCGCUAGGCCCAGCCGCGCAGUACAUGCGCGCCGAGUUCCACCAGCACCAGCAUCAGCACCAGCAUCAGCACCAGCACACGCACCAGCACACGCACCAGCACACGUUCACGCCCUACCCGCCCGGCCUGCCGCCCAGCCUCCUGCCCGCACCCGCGCCACCCCCGCCCCUGGUGGGUACCGCCGCCCCCAGAAACUUUGACAAAUACGGUCCCCGAUUAGAAAACCCCUUCUAUCGACACAGCUUCUUUGGGCCCUACCACCCCGGCCUGCCCGGCCUGGCCCCCAUCCUCCCCCCGGCCGGGCCCUUCUCCUCGCUGCAGGGCGCCUUCCAGCCCAAGAAUUCCAGUGCAGUUGACGUAGCGGGCAGACCAGGGCCUGCGCCUCACUCCAUGCUCCCCAAAGACCCCCGGUUCACGGACCCGUUCAGACUACCCUUGACCAAGCCGGGGAAGUGGUGCGCGGCUCACGUGCGCGUGGCCUGGCAGAUCUACUACCACCAGCAGAAGGUGAAGCAGAUGCAGCUGGACCCGCACAAGCUGGACUUCGGGGGCAAGGCCGACCUACUCGGCCGCCCCCCCGUGCCCGGCCUCUUCCCGGGCUUUGCGCACCCCCACGAGCUGACGCGCCCCGCCACCCUCUUCUCGGCAGUGGCCGGGCCACCCCCCACGCAGUGCAUGCCCGGGCCCCCCACUCAUCACGGCAGCUUCCUCAACCCGGCCGCCCUCGACCCCUUCAGUCGGCCCAGUAGCUUUGGAGGUCUCUGCUCGCUCGGCACCAAUGCGUUUGGCGGCCUCGGCAACCCCGCGCUCAGUAAGCGCCUCCCCGUGGCAGCCUCGAACGGGGUGUACGGACAGAAGGAGGCCCUCGGCGUCCCCGCCAUGGGUGGCUCCCAGGACCCGUGGAACCGCCUCCACCGCACGCCGCCCUCCUUCCCCACGCCGCCGCCGUGGCCCAAGCCGCCCGCCGACCCCGAGCGGAGCAGCGCGCCGGCCGGGCCCAGCGAGCACCGCGACCGCUCCACAGCGGAGCACAGCAAAUCGCGGCACUGCAGCUCCUCCUCGUCUCCCGCGGCGACAACGACAACGUCGACGCCUGGCCAUGGCGCGAGCCGAGGGCCGGGUCCCGCCGAGCCGGAGCGACCGCGCGCCGACUCCCGUGAGCGGCCCGCGGAGCGGGAUCGUGCGGCCGAGCGGGCGCACGCCGACUCGCGGGACAAGGACCGGGGCGCCGUCGAGAGGGACGAUCGCUCGGUCGAGCGCCAGCCGGCAGCCGACGCCCGCGGAGGCAGCGGCGACAGGGACCGCACGGCGGAGCGCGAGCCGCCGGGUGCGGAGAGGAAGGACGACGACCGGGCCCGGGACUUCACCUUCCCCGGCAAGCAGCAGGCGAGCCACGAGCGCAGGGCGCACGCCGACGACUACGGCAAGGCCGCGUCGGCGCGACGGCAGAGCGGCGGCGGUGGAGACGACGUGCGGCCCGGGAGCACCGACAGGAGGCCGAGUGCGGAGGAGCACGCGCGGUCGGGGAACGCGGAGCAGAGAAAAGCCCCGGAGGAUCACGGACGGCCUGGCAGCCGUGACCGGUGGCUGAGCCUGGAGGACUAUGGCAAGUCGGGCAGCCUCGACCGGAGACUUAACCCAGAGGAGCUCGCCAAGAGCGGCGGGCUGGACCUGCGCGGCGUGCCGGCGGAUGGAAGGGGCGGCUCCUCGCCCUUUCCGCGGCUCCUCACGGCCGACGAGAGCCGGCAGCUGAGAGAGGCGGAGAGACGGGCGGAGGGUUCUGCCCGGGAGAUGGAGCGCCGUGGGGAGCAACCGAGGAAGCCCGGCGAUGUGCGCGUGAAGGAGGAGCGCAAGGAGGAGAGCGACGUGGUGCUGGUGCGCUCUGAACCCAUGCAGCAGCAGCAGCAUCAGCACCAGCACCAGCACCACCAACCUCAACCGCAUCCGCAGCAACUCCACACCCGGUCAAGUGACAACUCCCACCUGUCGGCCCCCAUGCACGCGUUCCCGCCGCCGCCGCACGGCAUGGAGAUUUACCCGCUCGGCCUCAACGGCAUGGCGGGCCUGGAGCGCGGGCGGAUGGUCUCGGCCGCGGCAACCAACCCUUACCUGGGCCUGUCUCACCUGGCCGGGCGGGACCGCUACCCGCUGUGGGACGGCAUCCGCCACCCGUUCCGCGACCACUACGCCGCGGCCAUGGACCACCGCAAGGAGAUGCUGGGCCGAGACUUUGUGGCGAUGCAGCGCUACGCCAACAUGCAGGCCAUGUACGACCAGAGCCGCGCGUACCGCGACCGCGAGCCGCACGACUACGGCCGCGAGCAGGCCAUCGCGAGCGGCCUCCUGUUGGACCCGCGCCGGCUGGCGAGCGACGAGCGCGAGCGCCUCCACUCGCUGGAGCUGGAGCGCUCGCGCAUGCACCCGGCCGUCUCUUCCGCCGCCUCCUCCGCCAUGCUGCUCGACGCGCAGUUGCACACGUCGCUGGCCGGGGCGUCGCUGCUUCCCGCCGGCUUCCCCGGGCUGCACUACCCACGCCUCCUGGGGCCCCACCUCCACCCCGGCUCCAUGCACCCGUCCCUGCACCCCCCCCACCACGGCCACGCGCCCCCCUCCUCCCACCCGCACGCUCACGUGGGCCACGGUCACCACAACGGGGCGCUCGCCAAGACCCCGCCCGCGGGGCCCCCCGCCACGAGCGGCCCUCCGCCGCUCAUCCCAGCCUCGGCCCGAGCGCCGUCGCCGCGCCGCUCCACGCCGCUCACGCCGGUCACGCCGCUGUCGGCGGCGCCGGGCGAUGCGCGUGACCGCUCCCCGACGCCGCGCGGCAGCCGCGAGGUAGAGGCUCGGUAACCCCCGGCCUCUCCCGGAGCUCGCCGAGCGCGGGACCCGCGCGCGCGUCUCCGUGCCGGCGUCUCGCGGAGCGAGCGGCGUUCGCGUGGAGGCGUCGCAACGGAGCGCAGCCUCCGCUGCUGCUGGUUGUGCACACGCGGUGCGCCGAACCGACGCUUGGCAAGGUGGAGCGGGGGAGUAGGGGCCGGACUUGCAAGUUCAACUCGGCCUUCGCGUUUUAGCUGCCGAAACGAGCCUCGGCGUUUGGCAGACAGCGGAGGUUUGCACAGCCGGCCGCUCUGCCAAGCGCCGUCGUCUUUGUCCACGAUUCCCUGGACCCUCUCCGUAGAGGGACCGACGACGUCUGGGCUGUGCUUAACGCGAAGGCUCCACAUCAACUCGCCAACACGCAGCACUUAGUUCCAGUCUCCAUAGCGGCCCGGGUUCUGAUUGUGCAACAAACGGCGGUCGGAGCGAAUUCUCGAACGAGCGCUACGUCUCGACACAGUGCAGCCACGACCUCCUUUUCGCAAGAGCUCCCCGUUGUCGCUCGCGUUUCAAGUCGGGUGGUUUUAGUGCCGCCGUCCCGGCACAGGGUUUGUCGUGGUCCCUGCUCUCUACAGACCCCCUCGUCCGCAGCAGCAAACUCCUUCGCCGGUGUCCGUGACCCGCCAGCGGCCGGAGGCACCCGGUCGCGGAGGAGGCACCCGGACGCAGGGCGGACGCAGGGCGGACGCAGGGCGCCGCUGCCGCGUGUAAAUAAAUAAAUAACGACCCUGCCCUUCCCCCGCAGCAGGAACGGCGUCAAGAGCACGGGCAGAUUCAAUAUACGUGCAUACGUAGGUGACAGAAGUCUAUAUUACAGUACCUAUUUAAAGUGUGAUGCAGUAUGAAUACAACUUUGAUGUCUAACGCUGUAUAAUUUUAAUUGUUUUGUAGAAUUUUGGAAGGUAGGGCCAUGGGAGCCAGGCAAAGCCAAAGUGGGCCCAGCCGCGUCGCCGGUUCCUCGCGUGUUCCGCGUCACGCGAGGGUUUGCCGUUGCGUCACGCGAGGGGAAUUUUUAACCCCCGGGGUUCCCUAAAGGCCGUGUAUAAAGGUGUACAUAGCUGCCGGUGUGCAGACCGCGUCGCGCCGACGACCGCGUGCGGUCAAUCGAGCGUGCGGUCAAUUGAGCGUGCGGUCAAUCGAGCGAUUAUCCCAUCCAUAUCCGAUUUCGAUCCCCCGAUUAGCGAGGCCGCGCAGACCUCUCGCGUCGCGCCGCCGCUCGGCAGGACGACGUUGGCGCCCUCGCUUCGAUCGCUCUGCGCGUCCAGACUGUUUGCGAACGCGCGUCGUGUUAUUUUUUUUUAGACCGCGCCGUUUAACCGGCCGUUGCGACGGCUGCUUCGUUGGCCUCGACCGCCGGGGGUGGGGGGGGGCGGCCGCUCGGGCGAACGGGGAGCGCGAGAGCACCGGCUCUCAGACACGCUGCUCCGGGGCCGGCUCGGAGACCAUGCCUUUUCCGUUUCAAACAAACUUGCCUGCCUUCAAAACCUUAACUCUGUGUGUACGGGGAUAGCACAAACAGCCGCCGUUAUCCGUCACGCCAAAAAAGACCCGGUGUCGUCGGAAGAGACCGACGAGUUACCCUGCAACCGUCCGGCGCGAACGUCGACGAGUUCUGCGAGCGACCGCGUUUUUCGGCGACGUUGACGAGAAUCGUUUCGAGAGGGAGACGGGAAGCCGUUUCUCCCGUGUUAAACUGCCAUUGCAUCACACAAUCUGGGAACGUGUACAUAUGUUUUAUAGCUGCUGGAGUGCGGGGACUGCGUUAGCCGUGCGGGUGACACAAAUUAAAUUUGUAAUUUUUAUAUUCCGUGCCCGAUGUGUACAGACUGGAGGGGCAGGGGCUGGGGGGGGAAGGGGGGGGGGCCUCGCGGACGCGUUAUUUAUGAGUCGGUCGGCAGGUGGUCUUGUCCGUCCCGUGAUUAUAUAAUCAAAAAAAGCUUUGCGGUUUUUGUGGUGCCAUGUUCCGUUCUAUUUGUAUGAGCAGCCUGUUGAUACACACAAUGUUUUAUGUAAUUAUUACGUUGUUUGGCCCCGUUCGCCGCGUACAAUUACGUUUCCUGGCCACCGUUUUCCUCGUGCUAUUUCAUACGAGAUGAAGUACGGCCGAGAAUAAAGCCACGUGGCUCCUGA